GUGUGUGUGUGUGUGUGUGUGUGUGUGUGUGUGUGUGUGUGUGUGUGUGUGUGUGUGUGUGGACUGAGCUGGAGGACGUUGUGUCGUCGUGUCGCAGAUAAAAACUAACGAUGUCUUCAGCUGAGACAGAGACGUCGAGGUCCGACGUCCUCAAAGAUCUGUCACUGCAACAUGUCUGUAAGGAGGAAGAGGAGGCAUUUACUGACCAGAGGAACUCCAGUCUGGACCAGGAGGAACCAGAACCUCCACAGAUUAAGGAGGAACCAGAGGAACCAGAACUUCUACAGAUUAAAGAGGAAGAGUUGGAGCAGUUUGCACUGAAGCAGGAGGCUGAUUCCUUCCUGGAGACGCCUACUGAUGAGGAAAGUGAUCCCAGCGAACCAGAACCAAACCGGGACCAGCUCCUCUCUCACAUUUCUCCUGGAGCUGAGAGCCCAGAUCAGGGAGGAGUCGAGCAUGUGGACUCAGGAUCCACCAGAAACGAAGAGCUGAGUCCAAAGAAGAGACGUCGCAGAGACACGAGUCGCAGUAAGAAUGUAGACGACGGUCACAUCCCAGAGAGUCGGAGUGAUACUGACGCAGGUAAAAAGUCUGUGACAUGUGACGUCUGUGGAAAAGUCUUCAGGUUUAAGUCCAAGAUGAAGAUUCACUACAGAAGUCACACAGGUGAGAAACCGUACUCGUGUGAAACAUGUGGUAAAAGUUUUAGGUAUCAGUACGACGUGAAAAUCCACAUGAGGGCUCACACCGGCGAGAAGCCGUACCUUUGCAAAACCUGCGGGAAGACGUUUUUCGACUUGUCCGAAUUCACGCAGCACACGGCGGCGCACAGAGACGAGAAGCCGUACUGCUGUGAAAUAUGCGAGAGGCGGUUCAGCCUGAGGCAUCACCUGAACGUCCACAUGAGGGCUCACACCGGAGAGAAGCCGUACUCCUGCAAAAUAUGCGGCGAGAGCUUCACUCACAGCGGAGGCUUGACCUUCCACAUGAGAAUUCACACCGACGACAAGUCGUCCUCUUGUGAGACAUGUGGCAAAACCCUCAGCGAAAGAAUCCAGGAGACCGUUCGGAAGAGUUCGCAGGCAGGCGAGAAACCAUCACCGUGCUCAACAUGCAGCUCCAGAGAGUCAGUAUCAGAGAGUCAGUGUGACACCGACACAGGCAAGAAGUCUGUGAUCUGUGACGUCUGUGGGAAAGGCUUCAAGUUUAUGUAUCUAAUGAAGAUACACCACAGGACUCACACGGGCGAGAAGCCGUUCUCCUGUGAAACGUGUGGUAAAAGUUUCAGUCGCAGUAGUCACCUGAACGCUCACAUGAGGACUCACACAGGUGAGAAGCCGUAUAGUUGUGAAACUUGCGGGAAGCGAUUCAGUCAAAGUGUUAACUUGACCGUCCACAUGAGGACUCACUCCGGCGAGAUGCCGUACAGCUGUGAAAUGUGCGGUCAAUAUUUUAGGUACAAGUACGACCUGAAAGUCCACGUGGGAACUCACACGGGUGAGACGCCUUACUCCUGCAAAAUCUGUGGGAAAAAGUUCUUCGACUUGUCGGUGUUCACGAAGCAUUCGACGAUCCACACCAGUGAGAAGCCGCACUGCUGCAAAACGUGUGGGAAAUGCUUCAGCCGCAGCAGCAAUUUGAUCUCGCACAUGAGGACUCACACGGGCGAGAAGCCGUUCACCUGUGAAAUGUGCGGGAAGAAAUUUAGGUACAACUGCGCCUUAAAGGUCCACAUGAGAAUCCACACGGGCCAGAAGCCGUACUGCUGCAAAACCUGCGGGAAGCGUUUCAGUCACUGCGGCAGUUUGGUCGGACACAUAAAGACUCACACCGGCGAGAAGCCUUACUCUUGCAAAGUGUGCGGGAAACGAUUCAGUCGGAAUAUCCACUUAACCGUGCACACGAGGACGCACACGGGGGAGAAACCGUACUCUUGUAAAACCUGCGGUAAAAGUUACCGGCGGAGUUGGACUCUGCUGCAGCAUAAGAGGUCGCACACGGGCGAGAGGCCGUACUGGUGCGAAACAUGCGGCAAAACCUUCAGCAAGAGCCACAGUCUGCUCGUCCACAUGAAGACACACUCAGCUCAGAGGACACAGUCCUGAAACAACGGGGAUACGUGACGUGGAGAACCACAGAGGACCCACAUAGAUUCCCUGAGGAACUCCACCAUCAAUCUGGUGAAGACUUUGUUCCAAUGUUUGUUAAACUGAGAUUUUCUAAACUGUUGUCUAGAAGAAAAAAAAGAAAUUUAAAAAAUCAGUGUUUCAGAUCGGACUGUGCUUCAGCCGUCAUGUGACUUAUAGGUGAACUGUGCAGUAGGUUUGUGGUGAAUCAUCCAGAAGCACUUUGAAUAUUUAUAUAUCCACACGAUAUAUCUCAUGUUUAUUCCAUAUCUUUAUAUUCUUACAUCUUGUAGCAUAAAAAUGAAUCAAAACAUCAGCACGAGACCUGAAAGUAGUUAAAGAGAACCCAGAAAUCAGAAUCAGAGACAAAUAUUGUAGUAAAAUGGUCCAUUCUUCCAUAUCUGAGCGAGUCCUUUAGACUAAAUGUUCCUGGUAACAGCUGAUCAGGGUCUAAUCUGAUCCCAUUCAGAUCAGAACCAGGUGGGUUGUGAGAUGUUGGUGGUUUCCUCUCAUCAGCUGAUGCUCCAACAUUUCUACUGG